AUGACGGACCCCACCACCGAACUCCCGUCCACCGAAGAACAACAAAAGAAAGAAGCCUUGGCCGCCUUCACCGCAACGCUCCACUCCGUCGGCACAAACCUCGAAGCGCCUCUCCGCGACCGCGCAGCCACGAUCACAUCCAACGCGGCAGCGUUGGACAGACAGGAGGCCGAGCUGGCGGAGCACACGGCGCGACUGGCGAAACAGAAUGCGCAGUGGUCGGGAUUUGCAGAUGAGACGCGCGAGGGGUUAAAGGAGAUUGGAGAUGUGCAGAACUGGGCGGAGAUGAUUGAACGGGAUCUUUUGGUAUUGGAGGAGAUGAUGGAUGGUGUUGAGCUUAAGGAGGAUGAAGUGCAUGAGGAGGAGAUGGACGGCGGUGGGAUGAAUGGGGUUAAUGGGCUCGGUGAGGGGAAUGGACAGUAUGGAUUGUGGAAUGGAGGUAAUGGGAAGAAGAAGGAGACGAGAAGUUGGUUGCACUGGUGGUGA